AAUUUCAGCCAAUAAAGUCUGUGAUUGGAUGUGUACAAUUCACAAUGGUUGUUUUUGUUCUUUUAUUGAUAAACGGAUUCUCCUGUACGUCGCAUAACAACCCAUCAUUGCCUGACAUCAUCACAAGGCUUCGUUAGUAACAGUUCGUCUGUCACCCGAGAGCGUUCUUCAUACAUUGAAAGAUUCGCGUUGCCUCGUAAAGUAAGAAUAUCAACAUCGUGUUAUCAUACUACAAUUCCACUAUGGGUAUUGAAUUGGAUCAAGCUAGUCUACAAAAGGCUUUUCAAUCUCGUCCAGAUAUACAGAAUGCCAUAGCAGCAGCAUCGCAGGGUAAGUGUAUAUCUCUCAGCCUUGCAAGAAAAGAAAAUAUCUAGUAUCUAGACAAACAACAUUGCGCCCACAACCCCGGAAGAAGUAAUCCCCAAUCUCCUGGCUAACCCUUAAGUAAAGCUGGCCCAGAAUACAUCGAGCUCUUUAAUCAGAUUUCCUUAUACGUCUGCGAGACGAUAUCCCAGCAAAUCUCGGAACCAGUCUCGAAGAAGCGCCGCAUAGAUGGGAGCCUCGCAAGUCGAAGUAUCCCGAAUGGCACAAAUAGCGCAAACACCGCCGGAAGUGCACCUGCCACUGGAGAGGAUCCAAUUUUGCUUGAGAUCAAAGAAAUCUCUGUGGUGAUACCACAGCGCAAGAAAUAUAGCCUUUGCUUCACAUCGACACAUCUCUACGCACGAUUACCGACCUCUGAGGAGCCUGCACCUGGCAUGAGCUAUGCCUGGAAGGAUAUUGGUAAUUCCCAUGCUCUUGGAUCACCAGACGCUUGCUAAUUAGGUGUGCCUGUAGAAUAUGUAUUUUGUCUUCCAGUCCCAGAGAAAACGCAAAAGCAAUACAAUUACAUACUCUUUCCCAGAAACUCUAAUAUAUCGUCGUCCAAACUUUCAGCCUCUGCAUCACCCGUACCUGAACCUUUAGUCUUUACGAUUACAGAGGGCGCCGCAAAAGCGGGGACUAUUGGUGGAACGGAAAGUUCAGCAGCUUCAGCAGUCUCCGAUGACUACAAAACUCUUCUCACCUGGGCUCUUUCCUUCUGCUUAAAGGCCGCCGGUAAUAUACUCAAGAUCACAGAAUCUGACCCUAAGCUAUUUGCAAGUGCAGUCAAGCAAAGCCACCGACCAAGCGAGAAAGCGGUGCAUGUUAGAGCAUUCAGAGGAUCUAAAGAUGGAUAUCUGUUUUUUCUACCUACUGGAAUCCUAUGGGGAUACAAAAAACCGUUAUUGUUUUUACCACACAAUCGCAUCACUGCGCUCUCUUUCACAAGCGUCUUACAACGUACCUUCAAUCUUUCACUCGACAUCGACAUGUCAGUCCCAGGCGGCGAAGACACUACCGAGGAAAUGGAAUUUCAGAUGAUAGACCAAGAAGAUUUCGCCGGCAUAAAUGAAUUUGUACAAAGACAUGGAUUGCAAGAUAAGAGUAUGGCCGAGCAGCGUAAGGCCAAGCGAUUGAAUGUGAAUGUGAUGAAGGAUGAAGAUGGGAACGUAGUCGGGAACGCGGAAGCAGGAGAGUUGGAAAGGGCGGCGCAGGAAGCUGAACAAGCAGCAAUGGAUGAAGAAGACGAAGACGAAGAGGACUAUGAUCCAGGAAGUGAGGGCGAGAGUGAAGGGAGUGGCACGAGUGAUAGUGAGGAGGAUGAUGACGAGAAUGGAGAGGGAAGCGGUGCCGAGGAGGAUGAUGAGGAUGAUGAGGAUGUAAAUGGAAAGAAUGGAAAGAAUGGAAAGAAUGGGGAGGAGAAAGAGUUGUAGGAAUAAAACGUUUGAGCUUUGCUAUACGCGUGGACGUAUAUGCUGCAUUUCUGGUAGAUUUGCUGUACCAAAUCUUGGUUUGGGCAUGUAGUAUCCGUGGGUGCUGGUAAGCACUUGUAUGAAUUACAUAAAAAGUUGGAUUCCACAAAG